CAGUGGAAUAAUCAUAAUUCAUAAAUCAUAAAUCAUAAAUCAUAAAUCAUAAUCCUUAUCAAGUAUCAACUCCAAUGCUAUACUGAUCACUCAUCAAAAUCUUCCUUCUUUUUCUUUUCUUCUUUUUUCUCUUUGGGAUUCGUUUGUUUUCUCAUCUGUUUCAAUGGGUUCGGAUGAGCGGUUCGUGGUUCUUGUAGGUGUAGUUCUUGUUUUAUCAUUGAUGCCGUUUUCUAUGUCAGACGAUGCGGCUGUCAUGAAGGCUCUGAGGGGUUCGAUAACGUCACCCGGUCUGAACUGGACGAGUGCUGACGUGUGCAGUUGGAGUAACGUACGUUGCGAUAACGUUCCGGGGAGAGUAACCGCCAUACAAAUCCCGAACCUCAACCUGGCGGGCACUCUGCCCAAGGAUCUCGGGCAGCUCGGUCAGCUUCAGCAUUUCGACUGCAGAGCAAACAACUUCACCGGUGCAUUUCCUCACUUGGCCACCACCCUGCAGACGCUGAAUAUCAACAACAACGGAUUCACGUCGUUCCCUGAAGAUUUCUUUGAAGGCAUGAGUAGCUUGCAAGUUGUUAGCAUCGGUUCUAAUUCUUUCUCGCAGUGGAAAGUUCCAGAAAGUCUCAAAGACUGUGUUUCGUUGACGAGCUUCUCCGCGAUCGGCGCCAACUUUUCCGGCAAGAUUCCUGAAUUCUUCGGGAGCACUGGUCCGUUCGGCAGUUUGCAGAAUCUUUCUUUGAGUUUCAAUAACUUCGAUGGCGGUUUGCCUGAUUCGUUUUCCGGAAGCGGAAUACAGAAUCUGUGGGUGAAUGUUCUUCCAGGUAACAAUAAACUCAGCGGUACUCUUACGGUUUUACAGAAUAUGACUUCGCUUAGGCAAAUUUGGGUUCAUGGAAACAAUUUCACUGGUCCUAUACCUGAUUUUUCGAACCAUGAUUCUCUUUAUGAUGUGAGUUUGAGGGAUAAUAAGCUAACAGGUGUAGUACCGGAAUCUCUUGUUAAUCUUCCAUCGCUUAAGGUAGUUAAUUUGACUAAUAAUCGUCUUCAAGGUCCUCCUCCCAAGUUUAGGGACGGGGUUAGGGUUGAUGAUGUCAUUAAUCAGGGGAAUCAGUUCUGCACCAACGUGAUAGGUGGGAAGUGUAGUGAAAUUGUUGAUAUUUUGCUGAAAGUGGUUGAGCCUUUGGGUUAUCCUCUAAUGCUUGCUGAGAGUUGGAGUGGCAAUGAUCCUUGUGGUGGUAAUGGCUGGAUGGGGAUUGAUUGUGACGGUGGAAUUGUUAGGGGGAUAAAUUUUCAAAACAAGGGCUUCUCUGGGACUAUAUCUCCUAGUUUUGCCAAGCUUACUAAUGUGACAAGGUUGCUUCUUAAUAAUAACCGUCUCACUGGUACCAUACCUGAGGAACUUACCACUAUGCCAAAUUUGAUGGUGCUGGAUGUCUCCAAUAACCAAUUGUAUGGAAAGGUUCCGAAGUUUCGCGAAGGCGUGAAGGUUAACACCAGUGGGAAUCCUGAUAUUGGAAAGGAUAAGCCUAGUGGAGGAGGUGGUAGUUCUUCGGGAGGUGUAAGUGGUCAUACUGGAGUCAUUGUUGGUGUUGUGGUGGGGAUUCUUGUUUUACUUGUUGCUGGGAUAUUGCUGUAUAAGUAUUGUGGGAAGAAUAAGGGUGGUGGUAAAGCUCAACCACCAAAUGCUAUCGUUGUACAUCCUCGCCGUUCCGGAGAAGGAGAUGCUCUGAAGAUAAGUGUUGCCGAUGCUACUGCUGCUGCUGCUACGGCUUCUGCCAGUAGUCCAAAAAGUGAUGUUCAUCAUGUGGAAGCAAGCAAUUUUGUAAUCUCCAUUCAAGUCUUGAGACAAGUGACGAACAAUUUUAGCCAAGAGAAUAUAUUGGGGAAAGGUGGUUUUGGCACUGUGUACAAAGGGGAGUUACCUGAUGGAACCCAGAUAGCGGUGAAGAGAAUGGAGUCUGGAGUGGUGGGUGAGGGAGAGAAGGGGCUAACAGAGUUCAAUUCAGAAAUUGCGGUGCUUACUAAGGUUAGACACAGGCAUUUGGUAGAACUCAUUGGCCAUUGCUUGGAUGGACAUGAGGGGCUUCUUGUCUAUGAAUACAUGCCUCAGGGACCGCUUAGCAGGCAUUUGUUUGAUUGGAAGGAUGAAGGGAUAAAGCCUUUGGAGUGGAAGCAAAGGCUUAUUAUAGCUUUGGAUGUUGCUAGAGGUGUUGAAUACCUUCAUAAUUUGGCACAACAGAUCUUCAUUCAUAGGGAUUUGAAGCCAUCAAACAUCUUGCUUGGGCAUGAUUUGCGAGCUAAAGUUUCGGAUUUUGGAUUGGUCCGGCUUGCCCCUGAAGGACAGACAUCGUUCGAGACUAGACUUGCCGGAACUUUUGGAUACCUAGCUCCGGAGUAUGCUGUAACCGGACGAGUUACAACAAAGGUUGAUGUAUAUAGCUUUGGGGUGGUUCUUAUGGAGAUGAUAACUGGAAGGAAAGCUAUAGAUAACAGCCAGCAGGAAGAGAACAUCCACCUUGUUACAUGGUUCCGGAGGAUGCUGCUGAACAAAGAUUCGUUUCGGAAGGCCAUCGACCCAGCAAUUGAUACUGUGGAUGAAGAAACCUUAGCCAGUGUUAUCACUGUUUCAGACUUGGCUGGCCACUGCUGCGCAAGGGAGCCGUAUCAGCGGCCAGAUAUGGGCCAUGUGGUGAACGUGUUAGCGCCUCUUGUUGAGGUGUGGAAGCCCACGGAACCAAGGGGCGAAGACACGUUUGCCAUAAAUUUCGACGAGAGUUUGCCAGAAGCAUUGAGCAAGUGGCAGGCCUAUGAAGGAACAAGCACCAUGGAUAUCUCAUCUUCAUCUACAUCUACAUCAAUGCUUACCAGCCGAGACAAUACACAAUCAAGCAUACCUAAUCGCCCUGUUGGAUUUGCAGAAACGUUUACAUCUUACGAUGGACGAUAAAGAUCGACAUAUUCACAUACAUACACAUACAUGUACACAUCACUCUGUUCAUUGCUGUUCUUUACAUGACUUUGUUUCAGGAUCCAAAUUUUUCAAGUCCCUUCUGUGUUAUUUUUCCAAGUUUCCAUGUAUUUUAUAAGAUUCUGCUAUGAUAUAUCAUAAAAAGAUAGAGUACAGAUAUAGAAGACUUGGGUUUAAACUGGGUCGCACUCUUGAAGAA